CAAAACAAAUCCCAGUGCCGUCCUAAAUUCAAUAAAUUCGUGAUAAUUAAUGUUAUUAUGACUAAAACACUAAAUAUGCACAAACAUGUGAACUAUUUCGGCACUUCUCUGGUUUUGUUCUUUGUUAUAUAUCUCGCGCGGUUAGUUUUGACUGAAAUCUUUGAAGACGAAAGUUCUCAAGUUGAUGACUGGCUCGAGCAAAAUGAUUUGGGGGACUACAAAAAAUUAUUCAGGGAUUAUGGGAUAUCCACUCUAUCCGGCUGCGGUACUCCGGACACCCUGGACCGUCUACCUGAGCUGCCGGCAGCCGAGGAGAAGAGGCUCCGCCGCGCCGCUCAGGUUCUCCAGCAGAGGCUGGUCCUUCGACAGUGGCUGAUGACGCAUAAACUGCAGCACGCUUACACCAAAUUACUGAGCCUGGACGUAGCAUCCCUGGAAGACGUCUACUGGCUGGAGGACUCCACGACUCGCCAUGUCAUCGACCCGAAAGACUUCGCCGCGUGGUCAGCGGCUAGACAGAGCCUGCCCACGGGGAAAGAGGCCCUGCAGACUCUUAAGGCGGACCUUUGGAGUGCCGUGGUGAAGAGCAGCAAGCACCAAGAUGCUUGGACGUGGGGCGGCAUGCUGGUGGUGUCUGUGUCUGUCUGCGGGCUGGUGACCCUGGCGGCGAUGACGCAGCCGUCCCUGGCGCCGGAGGCCAAGCACUCCCUGCUGCAGUACGUCACCGGGAAGUACUUGCACCCCCCCAGUUGUAGGGUGGAGUGGGGAUGGACAGAGCCGCAAGCGGUUGGCGAGACUAUGUGUUUCACCGUACUUUGUUUCCAACGGAACGGGCAGCCCUACCCCAUAUGUGACACCGACGACCUCACCGUCUCAAUAUCACAUGGAACUAGGAAGAUCAGCUUCAUACUAGAGCUGGGUUCGGGUGACCCCGCGCAGGCCAACACGGCGCGCGUCAAGUUCACGGUGCGGACGGCGGGCAUGUACAUCAUAUCCGUCAUGAUCGGCGGCGUGGCGGUGUGCGGCAGCCCGUUCCGGCGGCUGUUCGCGGCGGGCGCGGCGCAGGCGCGGCGCUCGCGGCUGUCGCGCGCGCGCGCGCCCGUGUGCGCGGCGGGGCGCGCGCGCGCGCUGCACGUGCUGCCGCGCGACCUGCACGACAACGUGGCCGCGCUCACGCCCGCCGCCGUGCAGGACUUCUCAGUCGACCUCAGCCCCCUGGGCGAGGAGGUUGACGAAGAGCUGUCAUCAUCAGCUACGUUCUCGUAUGACAGCGUGAACCAGCGCGUGGUGAUGACGCUCUGUUUCGAAAAAGCUGGCAUCUACCGCGCCGCCAUACGACUGAAAGGAGAACUGCUGAUGAAUGGAGAGUUUGACUGCAUAGUGCUGACUGAAAGGGACGCGGCGACCGUGGAACGCAACAUAUCGUCGCGCCGCCACGACAUCUGUUACGAAGCGAAACUUCUCAGUGACGGGAAGCCUCGGCGGGUGCUGUGCUGUUUGAACCCGAAGCAGUUCAUCGUGAAGGACUUCCUGUUCAAGUUCAUUCCCAAGAGGAUAACCUCCUUUAGGGUCUGCCCUUCCACCAAGCUGGUGCUGUCGGCGCGCGGCAGCGGCGCGGGCGCGGGCGGCGAGUUCUCGCUGGAGGACGGCGCGCAGCCCGCGCUGCGGCUGUGGAGCGCCGAGCGGGACCUGCUGGCCGCCACGCUGGCGCAGCUGCUGCUGGCCAACUGCGGCGGCGAGGACAGCUUCAAGAACAAACAGGAGUUCUUCUACAGCGAGCUGCGGCGCGCGCACUCGCGCCACCCGCACGAGCGGGUCUCGCUGCGCGUGCUCCGCGCCGAGCUGCUGCGCUCCUCGCUCAAGGCCACGCGCCACUUCACCGUCCAGGACUGGUGCAAGAACUUCGACGUCACCUUCCAGGGGGAGCAAGGUGUGGACUGGGGUGGUCCUCGCCGCGAGUGGUUCUCGCUGGUUUGCGGUCAACUGUUCUCUUCUCGGUUCGGGCUGUUCGUGUCCUUCCACGACUCCCCCGCCGGCCUCGUGCACCCCAACCCGCAUCGCGACCCCAUGCUUAAGUUGAAAUACUUCGAAUUGGCUGGUAAACUAGUGGGCAAAUGUCUUUACGAGAGCGCCCUCGGGGGCUCCUACAGGCAGUUGGUGCGCGCGAGGCUCACCAGGUCAUUCCUGGCGCAAAUCAUCGGCCUCAGAGUGCAUUACAAGUAUUUCGAGCAAGACGACCCGGAACUAUACUUGUCCAAAAUAAAAUACGUUUUAGAGACAGACUUGGAGUCUGAGGAUGCGCCGGAGUUGUAUUUCUCGGACGAGGAGUACGACUCCGCGGGCAAACUCAUCGCUACCAAGGACUUGGUGCCGGGGGGAGCCAGCAUUAGGGUCCGUAACGACACUAAAUUGCAAUACGUAGAUGCGCUAGCGCAAUGGCGACUAGCGGGAAGAUGUCGACUGGAGACCGACGCUUUUCUCAGAGGACUGACGGUGUUGGUGCCUGACAACCUGCUGGCCAUCUUCGAUGAGAACGAAUUGGAAUUACUAGUCUGUGGCAGUGGAGAGGUAUCAGUGGCUGACUGGCGAGCGCACGCGUUAGUUUCCGGCGCCGGGCGCGAGUGGGCGCGGCUGCUGGAGUGGUUCUGGUCGGCCGUGGCCAGCUUCACCAACGCCGAGCGCGCGCGCCUGCUGCAGUUCACCACCGGCUGCAGCCAGCUGCCGCCCGGGGGGUUCCAGGAACUGAACCCCCGUUUCCAAAUCACAGCAGCGGCCACAUUCGGCGCUUUACCUACAGCCCACACGUGCUUCAACCAACUCUGCCUACCCGACUACGACAGCUAUGAACAACUCGUGCAUGCUCUGUUGUGGGCCAUCAAUGAGGGGGGAGAGGGUUUUGGCAUGAUUUAAAGAAGAAUAUUGGUAUGGUGUAUAUAAGAAAAUCGGUAUAACUAUUCAGAGUUGUAAGAAUGAUUGUGACAUUCUUUGUUUGGUACAAAGUUAAAAGUUCUGUUGGUUUGCCUCCCAGACUAGGUCAGCUACAGCAACUCGUACAUACUCUUCUGUGGGCAUUCAAUGAGGGGGGAGAAGCUUUUGGCAUGAUUUAAUAGAAUUAAAGAAAAAUGUUAGUCAUGAUCUCUGUAGAUCUGUAGAAAAGGAAGACAGGAGGUUUUGGGAUAAGAUAUUUAAGAAGAAAGUGCCGUGUGAUUCCCGGCACCAAAAGAAAAAAAAAUAGAUUUUCUCUCUUUGGAAGUCGUAAAAAGCGACUAAGGCAUAACAUUUAAAAAGUUGUG